AUGCCCGGCAUAUCACCUGAUGUCAUCAACCACAAGCUCAGCAUCUCCACCGCUCACAAACCGGUCAGACAAAAGCGCCGAUCGUAUGAUGCCGAACGGUACGAGGCAAUGCGUUCUGAAGUUGACAAGCUCAAAGCCAUCGGCUUUAUCAGGGAAGCUACGUACCCUGUUUGGCUUGCCAACUCGGUCAUGGUUCGGAAGGCCAGAGGAGGAUGGCGGAUGUGUCAGAACUAUACCGAUCUGAAUAAGGCUUGUCCGAAGGACAGUUUCCCCUUACCGAGGAUCGACCAGCUCGUCGAUGCCACCGCCGGGCACGAGCUGCUCAGUUUCAUGGACGCGUAUUCAGGAUACAACUAG